AUGGCUGAUGAACUGGACAUUGUCAUUAUUGGAGCCGGGCUAUCAGGGCUCUCCGCCGCAGUCCAGUGCGCCCUCUCCGGCCACUCUGUCACCGUUCUGGAAAGCACAAAAGAACUCGCAGAGGUCGGUGCUGGCCUCCAACUCACGCCGAACUCCACCAAACUCCUGCAACGAUGGGGCGUCUACGACACCAUCAAAGACAAAGUCUGUGAAGUCACUGCGAUGACAGUGCUCAACUACAAAGGCAAAAUCCUUGCGCAUGAAGACAACUUUAGUCAAAACAUGCGACGCAAGUAUGGCGCGCCUUUUUCCGACUGCCACCGUGUGGACUUGCAACAAGCUCUCGCCAAGCGUGCUCAGGAGCUGGGCGUCAAUCUGGUGCUCAAUGCGAGAGUCAUCAGGAUAGACUGCGGUGCACACCCCGGCGACGAAGCAACCGUGAUUACAGCUGCCGGGCAGGGAUACAUUGCAGAUCUAGUACUCGGUGCCGACGGACUAUGGUCAAUGUGUCGAUCUACACUCCUUGGAAACCACGAUCCACCACAACCUACGGGCGACUUGGCCUACCGUAUCGUGUUGAACAUUGAGCAGAUUCAAGAUCAAAAUCUGCGCGAAAUGGUACAACAGCAGUCAUGUCGGUACUGGGCAGGACCUGACUCCCAAGCCGUAGCAUUCAGCCUGCGAGGCGGGACAAUGUACAACGUCGCGCUCGUCACGCCGGACGACUUGGACGAAGGAGUUUCCCGCAGCGAAGGCAACAUCGGCGAAUUGCGGGAGAUAUUCUCCGCCUGGGACCCAGCGUACGAUAACUCAUGGAUCAACGCGCAGUCUAACCUCGUCCUCAUCGGUGACUCGUGCCAUCCGAUGCUUCCGUACCUUGCGCAGGGUGCAAACUCUAGCAUCGAAGAUGGUGCGGUGCUCGGACUCGUGCUGUCCCCUGACCACGGCUUCAGGAAUAGAUCGCAGCUACCACGGACCUUGAAGCUAUUCGAGGAUCUAAGGAAAGCGCGCAGUGAGAGCAUUGCGAGCGAGACGUUCAAGCAGAGGAAAGACUUCCAUUUGCGCGAUGGGCCGGAGCAGGAAGCUAGGGACGAGUUGAUGCUGGGCAUGCUGCAGAGUGGACAAGUCGAAGCCCCGUUCCCAAGUCGAUCUACCUGCCCUGAAGUGCAAGGCUGGUUGUAUGGCUACGACGCUAUGCAGGAAGUCUCCGCUGCGACUAAGUGCCUCAGUCCCCUCUAA